AUUUUUUGUUUGUGGUGGUAGCUGUUAGUAUUUUACGAAUACAAACUGUGUUGUAAUUGAUUUGGUAUUUUUUACGUUUAUAUCUGUAAGACAAAGAUCUGUGUAGUUUUCCCAUUUGGUGAUUUGCAGUAACUAUAGCUAUAUCUGUAUAGACUAGUUAACUAUAUUAUCAGCUGUUUUAGGUAUGCCACUUCACGCCACUUUGUAGCUAGCUAGUUAUUAAGGUUGCAGACGUUAGCCUUUUCUUUAUCUUCACUUGGCUAAUUUUAGUUUCGUGUUCGGGUCAGGUUAACGCUACAUGUUUUGGUUUUGGUCAAGUUGGUUGAGGAAGCAGAAAAUUGUGCCGCCAACGUUCGCUGGAUUGUCAACGUUAACGUUUCCUAGAUGUAACGUGUAGAAUCGGCUUUGUUACGAUAUAACGAUAAGCUUUUCAAUCAGUAUUUCCAUUUAAAGUAGCUGAUUUGCUUGUUAAUACUUUCUGUGACUUCACACGGGACGCAUGUAUGCAUGCACGAAGAUACUUGUACCUUAAUGCUGAAAGAAUGCUCGUCACAUUUAUCCUGUGCAGCCUUUUUCUGGCUGUUCACGGGCAAGUGGAUGAGGAUGAAUGGAUCGACCCCACUGACAUGUUGAACUACGAUGCUUCGACAAAAACAAUGAGGAAAACCGAGCCAAGCCAUGCCAAUGGCCCCACAAAAAGGAGGGAGUACAUGCUGGAUUCAAGUCAGAAGCCUUCUUGCCCGGACAUUACCGAGUACAGUAAUAAAGUCGCCAGUCUACAGAGAGAGAUUCAAGAACUUGAAAAGAGGAUUGCAUCAGCAUCCCAAAAGCCUGCUAUUCACCCAGUUUUUAAACGAUUCCUUGCCAAGCUCAUGAAGUUAAUUAAAAAUCUGAGUCUUCCCAAAGAACUGCAUAGUGAUGUCCAUUACGAUGCAGAAGUGAGGCUAUCUCGACACGCUGUAGCUGAAAUUCAGAAGAUUAUAGAUGAGGACGAUAGCUUGAGAACAGGGGCCUUGGAUGAUGCCCUGAGCAAGAUACUGGUCAAUUUCAAACAACAUGAUUAUGAGGCCUGGAAGUGGCGAUUUGAGGACACUUUUGGUGUGGAGAUUGGCACUGUUCUGCAGGUCUGUGCCUGCGUAUUAAUCAUAGUGCUGAUAAUAUGUGGUGAGCUGUGGUCAUCAGUAUCUUGGUUUGUCCAGUUCAGGCGAGUCUUUGCCAUCUGCUUCUUCGUCAGUAUUGUCUGGAACUGGUUCUAUCUGUACAAGAUAGCCUUUGCUGAGCAUCAAACCAAUAUUGUAAAAUUUGAAAGUGUCAAUGAGAAGUGUACUGGAGUGAAGAAGAUUGACUGGAAGGAUAACUUGAAGGAAUGGUUCAGAAGCACCUGGACUCUACAAGAUGACCCUUGUAAGAAAUACUAUGAGGUCCUUAUGGUGAACCCAAUUUUACUGGUUCCUCCAACUAAGGCAAUUUCUGUCACCAUUACCACUUUCAUUACGGAGCCACUGAAGCAUCUGGGGCAGGGAAUCAGUGAGUUCCUCAGAGCUCUCCUCAAGGACCUGCCAGUCACACUACAGAUCCCUGUCCUUUUGACUAUUGUUCUGUCCAUCUUGGUCUUCAUGUAUGGAAGUGCCCAGGCGGCAAUACAACAUAUCAUCCCCAGACCAUGGGGGGGUCGCCAGGACCCACCCCCAGCUCUUGUUGCACAGAAUCCGGUCCCACAGCUGAGGGAGGCACCUCCAGAUCAACCAGCCGGGGGUGAUGCACCCCGUCAGGCUGUACUCCCAAGAAGACAGGGGGAGCAGAGAGCCCCUGUACGCCAGAGGAGGCAGAACAGGCGCAGGGAGGACCAGGCCCCAGUGUUCGUAGAGACCUUGCGUCAAGCUGACCAUCCCUUCAGCGAGGACGAGAUUGACGCAGAGCACCAAGAGGAUCACUCUGAGAUGGAGGACCAUGAACUGCCAACAGGAGGUGCUCUUCUUGAGGAAGAGGAGGAGAAUGUAGUGACUGAAAAUGAAAAUCUAUCUGGUGACUCGCAGUGUAAUUCGAACAAGGACAGGUUGAAAUCCGAAAAUCCAAGUGGCCAUAGCAAGUCUGCUCAGCAAAAAGGGGAGGAUCCCUCACGGAAUUCCCAGAGACCAAGGGUGCCGGAUGGUUUGUCAGAAGAGAAGACCACAUCUGUCACUCAGGAACGUGUAGAAAAUAUUGGAUCACCGAUACAGGAAACUGCUUUUCAAUCUUAAUAGCCACAAACCAUUGGUCCAAUUUUUAUGUACUGUACAUACAGAGUAACCUUCGGAUUGUCCCUGUCACCAUGCAGCCUCAUUUUGGGCUGCUGAUUUUCUGUUUAUAAUCUGUCAUUAUGUUAAUUAAAACAAAUAAUAAUG